AUGAAGAAGAAAUGGGCUAUAAAUAGCGCAUUUAUGGCUUUCUAUGCCUUCGCUGCGGUGCUCAUUUGCUGGGUGCUGUGGGCUUAUAAGGCGUCAUUCGGCGAGGAGAUGCUGCCCUUCGUUGGCACUCCUAACAACGUACUCGGAAUUGACACGAUGCUGGCCCAAUCCUAUCUUCCAUCGAUCGGUAUCGGCCAACAAUUUCCCUUGGCGACCAUGAUAUACUUCCAAUUCGUCUUUGCCGCAAUCACAUUGGUCAUUAUGGCUGGCGCAUUCCUGGGACGUAUGAACUUCUAUGCUUGGAUGAUUUUUGUGCCCCUCUGGCUGACUCUGUCUUACACCGUCGGUGCCUACUCGCUCUGGGGCGGCGGCUUCCUCUUCAAGCUCGGAGUUAUCGACUACUCGGGCGGAUAUGUCAUCCACUUGUCCUCAGGCACCGCUGGCUUCAUAGGCUCAUACUGGAUUGGCCCUCGUCUCGCCAAAGACCGUGAAGAUGCCCGGCCGAACAACAUUCUCACCGUUAUGAUUGGUGCUGGCAUUCUUUGGAUUGGCUGGAAUGGCUUCAACGGUGGUGAUCCGUAUGCUGCCAGCGCAGAUGCUGGCGUGGCUGUUUUGAACACCAACUUGUGCACUGCUGUCUCUCUGCUGACCUGGACCGUAUGUGACCUCAUCUACUUCAAGAAGCCAUCCGUCAUCGGCGCUGUUCAGGGAAUGAUCACCGGACUCGUUGCCAUCACCCCUGCUGCGGGUGUUGUUGCUGGUUGGGGAGCUAUCCUUCUUGGCCUAGGAUCUGGUGCCGUUCCGUGGGUCACGAUGAAUAUCAUUGCCAAGAGGUUUCCUGGGUUCGAGCGCAAUUUUGAUGAUACCCUAGGUGUAAUGCACACCCACAUGGUUGCCGGCUUUGUUGGUGGCUUUGGCACUGGUUUGUGGGCAACCGUUGACGGCUGCGCCGCGUUCGGCUUGAGCAAUCCUGGCGGUGCGGUGGCAGGCAACGGUAUUCAACUGGGAUACCAGAUGGCCGGGGCUUGCUUUGUCAUUGGAUGGAAUUUAGUUUGGACCUCGCUGAUUAUGGUCUUCAUCAAAUAUGUGCUGCGGAUCCCGCUCCGCAUGAGCGAGGAAGAGUUGCUGCUUGGAGACGAUGCUGUCCAUGGCGAAGCUGCAUAUGUAUUCGGACCUUGCGAAGCCCAUGACCCCGAAUCAGGUUACAUCCAGGGAGAGAUGCUUCGAGCCGCCACAACCAACGAACGUAGUGGUGAGCUCGGCCUUGGCGGAGCUCUUCCGGGGACGCGUGAGCACGCAGAGAAGAUGGCACCCAAGAAUGGAGAGUCGAGCACAGCUUAG